AUGUCAAGGAGGCCAGCUAGUUUAUCAAGGUGUUUGGGUGAUGGAACUGGCAUUCCCUUUAGGGGAUCCUUAAAUCCAAAAUCACGCCCUUCCCCUUUCUUAUCCAUUGGCCUUGUUCUUGUGGUAAUCACACCUCUUAAAGCUUUUGCAUCUACUGGAGCUUUUCUCAUAAUUGGCUAUGUUUAUAGUGGUUCAGGUGGAAGAAAUAUUGAUAAAGUGGCUCUAAGUAGGCUUGAAGGUGGUGUUUCAUGUUCAGCAGAGAUUAAUCAAGCAUUACCAUAUCUAAAAAAAGCAUAUGCUGACAGCAUGCAUAAAGUUCUACACAUGGGUCCCGAUUCAUGGUAUCCUGGUCAACGUAAAGUUAAAGUGGCUGAAAUGUCCAAAUUUGGUCGCCCUAAAUGGUCGAAUCUUGCCAUGAUUUACACACGUAUAUUGGAGAUUCCUAAUCAGCAGUUGGAUCGGUAUUUCAACAGCUUUAGGGAAUUAGCUGCUAGUCACCCUUUAUCAGAACUGAGAACAGCUGAAGAACUUGAAGCUGCAGCAAGGGCAAAAGGGGAAUUCAAGAAUCAAGAAAGUGAGGAUUUUGAAACAGCCAUCAGGAGACAUUAUUAUCAUUUCAGGCCACUUAAUGUUACAGAGCUUGAAAACUGGCAUAACUACCUUGAUUUCAUUGAAGGAUGUGAUGACUUGAACAAACUAGAAAAAAUAUGGAUGUUGCCGAAAAUGACCUUGCUCGUGCUACCCAUGAGUUUGUUAAAAAGCAACCAGAGAUUCAUCUUUUUGUUGCUAGAUUUAGAGAACACAAUGGAAACAUUGAAGGAGCAAUUACCGCCUGUCUCUUCUGGAGAUACACCAAAUGACUUAAAUUUCUGCUUAAAUGGUCUCAUAUGGCUUGAUCGGACUCCUCAUCCUGCUCUAAAUGAGGUCAAGUAUUGCUAUCAACCAAUUAAAAUUUCGUUCACCAAUGGUGUAAUUAAGAUUACAAACACCAAUUUCUUUCAAACAACAGAAGAUCGAGAGUUUAAUUGGGUAAUUGAAGGUGAUGGAUGUAAACUUGAUUCUGGAACUCUCAGUCUACCAACAUUAGAGUUUAAUUGGGUGAUUGAAGGUGAUUUUGGUUCUUGA